AUGGGGCCCCCGGGCAAUAGGGGAUCAUGGGGCCCCUGUGUCCUCAACCACAACCAAAAAAGCCUAUGAAAAAGGUACCAGGGGCAUCUCAUGGGUCCCCUACUGACCCAGGGCCCUCGGGCAAGAUGCAAGACAAUUCAGUAAACAAACCUAAACACCAUCAUAGAUUAUGCCAACACAGGGGCGGACUGACAACUCAUGGGGCCCCCGGGCAAUAGGGGAUCAUGGGGCCCCUGUGUCCUUGUCCAAACUCAAAAAAACCCAUGAAAAAGGUACCAGGGGCAUCUCAUGGGGCCCCUACUGACCCCGGGCCCUCGGGCAGUGCCCAAGUUUCCAAAUGGUCAGUCCGCCCCUGUGCC